AUUAAAUGGUCAGAUAAAAAACUUGAAGGAUCAACGGGUAAAGUUGUUCUUGGAGAAUACAAAGGAAAAAAAGUUGCUGGUAUUUCUCAUGUUCUUUUUGAUGAUAAAAUCAUACAAGAACUUAGAAAACAUAAAAAUCUUCGAUCUGAAUAUAUAAUUGAGUUCUGUGGUGUGGUGAAGUCUCCAAAUGAUAGAACGUAUUUAGUCACAAAAUUUGCUGAAAAGGGAAGUUUACGUGAUUUCCUUGAAAAAAAUGAGCAUGAUUGGAACAUAAAAGCAAAAAUGGCAGUCGAUAUCGCUAAUGGUUUGAUAGAAUGCCAUAAAAAUGGCAUCGUACACUCUGACCUUAAAGCUGAUAAUAUUUUAGUGAAUAAACAUUUGACAUUAAAGAUUGCUGGUUUUGAUUUGGGCAUUACAAAAGAGGAGACUGGAGAAGCUCUGUUGUGGAGGGCACCUGAAUGUUUUGCUGAUUACAAACCAUUUAAAGAUCAAUACGCAAGUAAACCAGAAUUUUCAAAAAUAUUUAAUGAAAGCUUGGCAUUGUUUUACAAAGAUCAGCCACAACUUUCGGUUAAGAUGCGUGAAGAUAUUAAUGAUUUAGAAGAGAUUCUUGAACUAAAAGAUGCGCCGGGCAUAAUAAAACAUGUUAUCAAGAAAUGUUGUGAAUUUAAUCCAACUGAGCGGUAA